AUGAUGCCGACUCCGCGAAAGUCGACGCCUAGUAGGAAGCAACCAAUGUCGCCGCGGCGGCGGUCGCUUCGAACUCCUCCUAGAAAAACUCCAGUAAAGUCCCCAAUGAAGAACAACAGUAGUAGUAGCGAUGGGAAGGAAGAAGGCAUUACAGUGGCCGUCCGUAUGCGUCCAUUGAAUCAGAAUGAAGGGAACCACCAGCGAGUUUGGAAGGUUCUUCCCAAAUACAGCUCUGUAGCACAGACAACAAAGAAUGGUCAACCACUUCCGGAUCGUGUUACUGGGCGAACAUUCUUCACAUUCGACAAAACCUUCAACGAGACCGUUUCGACGGCGGAGGUCUACGACAAUGUGGCAAAGGACAUUGUGACAUCUGUCGUUUCCGGCUUGAACGGAACUAUUUUUGCAUACGGUCAAACAUCCAGUGGAAAGACGUACACUAUGCAGGGAUCUGGAAGCAUCAAAGAAGGCUCCUGUGGUGCUGGCGGGGUCGUUCACAUGGCCGCCAAUGACAUUUUCAAGAACAUUAGCCAAGCGCAAGACAGAAUCUUUUUGGUUCGAGCCAGCUUCCUUGAGAUUUACAAUGAGGAAGUUCGUGACUUGCUUUCCCCCAACAGCCCAACAUUGCAAGUCCGAGAAGACCCUCGUCGAGGAGUUUUCGUGCAGUCCAAAGAGGAAAUUGUAACCAACUUUGACGCUCUUCUCGGUAUCCUCUUCCAAGGCGAAAGCAACCGUGCCUUUGCUUCCACCGCCAUGAACGAGAGAUCAUCCCGUAGUCACACAAUCUUCCGCAUCACCAUUGAGAGCCGCAAAAAGGGAGUUCCUGUAGCCCAAGAUGACAGCGACGAGGAAAGCACCAAAGAAAAUGUGGUGCCGGACGACGAUGGGGCCGUCCUCAUAUCCACGCUCAACCUUGUCGACUUGGCCGGAUCAGAGAGUGUACGCCACACGGGUGCUACUGGAGAGCGCCAAAAGGAAGGUGGAAUGAUCAAUACAAGUUUGUUGACACUUUCACGAGUCAUCGUGGCGCUCGGAGCAACAAACCAAACUCAUAUCAACUUUCGAGACUCAAAACUUACUCGAAUCCUGCAGCCGUCGUUGUCGGGAAAUGCUCGAAUGGCUGUGAUUUGCUGUGCGACUCCAUCGGAACUCUAUUUGGAAGAGACUCGAUCUACGUUGCUUUUCGCACAACGAGCCAAGUUGGUGAAAACAAGGGCACAAGUAAACGAAGUGCUGGACGACCGAUCAAUCAUCCGACGUCUGCAACGCGAACUCGCAGAGGCCCGUCGGCAAGUUCCUGGGUCGGCGGCACAAGACAAACAGCUGAAAGCUCUCGAACUCCGAGCAGACCAGGCAGGAAAUGCAGCCAAAGUAGCCGAAGACAAACUCAUCCGCCUGAAAACGUCUAUCUUGAAUAGUGGUGUCCUCUUUGGCACUGUGCCUCAAGCUCGUGCAACAGUAGCUGGCUCAAAGCUGUCACGAGCAUCUCACGUCAAGAAUCCCGAUGCUGCGGCCAAGAAGGGGAAACGCCGCUACUCCGAAGGAACUCUAGAGUUGGAACGGUCAGUAUUGACGCCAAAGCGAGGCACGGCAAACGCCAAUCCUCAAACAUCCACAAAGAAGAAAACAGAUCAAACUCCAGAGUCGGAACUGGAGCUUCUACGCGAAGCAUUGGCAGCCAAAAACAAGCUUUUAAAGGAAGCAAGCAACGAGUUGGCGCAGUCGAGAGACGAGUUGACGCAGUCGAGAGACGAAUUGGCGCAGUCGAGAGACGAAUUGGCGCAGUCGAAGGAAUCCAUCAGUGCUAGAGACACCGUGAUUUUUACCUUGACGAAAGCGCAAGACGAGUUAACGCGGUCGGAAGAAACCAUCCGUGCAAAAGAUACGGAGAUCGCUGCUCUGAAAGAAAUCCAAAGCGCUCACAACGGCGCAUGCACUCAAAUCCAGCUCUUGACAACUGCCCACGAGGACGCAUUGGCCAAGCUGCAGGCACUGGAACAGGAAGCUGCCAACAAGCACACUGAAUUGGCAUGUAUCAACGCCGAACUAGAACGUUCCAAGGCUACUUGCAAUGCUCUCUCUGAGUCAUAUGAAGAAUUGGUGUCCGAAAAAGAAUCUACGAAGCAAAAGCUCUUGGCUGAGAAGUCAGAAGUUGAUACUGCUCUUCAGACGCUUCAAGCAACGCAUGAAGGCUUGGAAUCAGCGCACAAAGCAACCCUGGACAAGCUGCAGGAACAGACCAAGCAAACUGCAGACAAGGAGACGGAAUUGUCCAACAUUCAAAUGGAACUUGAGCGAUCCGAGGCCACAUCCAAGUCACUAUCUGAGUCAUAUGAAGGAUUGGUGUCAGAGCAUGAGUCCAUGAAACAGAAGCUCCUGUCCGAAAAAGCAGAACUGAAUACUGCACUCCAAACUCUUCAAGGAGACCACGCAACUCAGGUGUCCCAGCAUUCACAGAUGCUUGGUGGACUGCAAGCAGAACGCAACAAUCUCCUUGCUACGGUGACUGAAAAGGGGAACGAGAAUACGACUCUCUUGGCUGAAUUGGAACGCUCGCGUUUCGAAACCAAGGCGGGCAUCGAGAGAAUUGCCUUGCUUGAGUCCCAGCUCUGUGAGCGCGAUGCAGAAAAUGGCGUUUUGUCCUACCAGCUCGAGGAGCAGAAGCACGAAUACCAGAUUCAAAACCAAGAGAAACAACAACUCGAAGCAUCGUUGCGCUGUGAGCUUCGAACUUUGGAGGAAUCUAAACAAUCGUUUCAGAGCGAGAACUCGAAGCUCAAAAUGCAAUUGGCAGCUUCGCAAAGUGAAAUUCAAGGUCUGUCCGCACGAGUCGAAGAUAUGGCAACUGAAGUUGCAGUUUCCUCGGAACGAGCCGCCCAUUUUGAAACUCUUUUGGCUAAACAAUCAUCCGACCACAAAGUCUCGACCGAAGCUUCAGAUGUAGUCAAAAUGGAGCUUCGAUGUGCCGAACAAUCCGUCUCACUCCUACAGUCAUCCCUGGAGGCAAGAGACGCCGAGAUCGCAUCUCUUUCCAAGUACUUGGAGGACGUAUUGGUCCAUGCAACUCACCGACAGGAGAAUCUUGUUGCGGCCAAAGCCAGCAACGACGAGGCCAUUCAGCAAUCAGACCGUUUGAGCUUGGCAGUAGCGGAUAUGAAAUCCCAACAGGCAGAAAUCAACAACGACUAUGUCAAAUUGCUUUUGCACAUUCAAAAUUUGGAAAAGGAGAGAGAUGGCAUUUUACAACUUGUCGAAGAAAGCUCGCAAAACUUCAAAAGUGCCCACGAGUCCUUUGAAGCGGAGAAGAAGUCUUUGGAGGAACUGCUCAGAGAAUCUGCUGACGACAAGACUCUUCUGGUGUCCUAUCUGGAACAAUGUGAGACGUCUCUCCAGUCACUGCGCGCUGAAGCGAGCCUGAAAGAGGAACAAACAAAGCGCCAAUUAGCCACGCUCAAUGAGCAACUCGAUCAGACGACAACAGACAGGCAUAAACUGACCAGCGAACUCUCGACUUUGAAGGAGGAGCUGGAGACAACGAUAUCAGCUCGAAAAGAAUCCGACGACAAGGUUUUGCAUCUGACCAGCGAGUGUCAAGCUGCCAAGGAUAUGAGUAAGUCCUUGUCCACCACGGUCGAGCAAGCUCGGGAUAGAAUUGCAACUUUGGAACUCGAUGUUGAAAACGCGACUUUGGGUCGAGAGGCGCAGUUCGCAGCCGUGACCACCCAAUUUGACGCUGCAUGCCAAUCUCUUCAGAAAAUGGAGGAAGCCACAACCGCCUGCCGCGACAAACAGGAACAGCUUUCUCGUGAGAUAUCAUCUCUCGCUUCAGAGAAGACUGCUCUCGAGAGUGAACACAGCUCGGCUCUGGAGGAGAUCCACAAUCUUUGUGCAAGGAUCACGGAGCUUGAACUCUCAGUCGAGAAAAGCAGAAAGUGUUUGCGGGAAGCCGAGGAUGAAACCACUGUUCUCAAGUCCGACAAAGAAGAGCUGGAGGAGAACCUCCGGGAGGCGCUCUCGGAAAAGACUAGUCUGGAAAUUGAAUUGGAAGCUGCCGUGACGGAGCUGGAGGCCAUGGGAGCAAGAAUCUCGGAGCUCGAAGCAGUAAAUGAGGAGAGUGCUACUAGUUUGUCGCGGGAUUUGGAAGAUUUGCAAAGCACCAAAAAGGCACUUGAAAAGUCACUGGAAGAGAAGUCUUUGCAGUUGGUGGCAUUGGAGAGCGACCUUGUCACCGCCGAGAAGAUCAAUGCCGAGCUAGAUUCGAAGGUCAAGGUUGCCCAGCAAGAGCUGUCCAUUGUUAGCCAGUCUCGCGAAGAGGCCAUGUCAGCUGUAGCUAGUCUCCAGGAAAAGCUCGAAUGUCAAGACAAAGCGAUUGAAAGCCUCUCGAGCUCCAAGGCCCGGCUCGAAUCGCAAGUGGAAGCAGACGUCAGUGCGUUGCAGAAUCAUGGUUCGAAGAUCGCAGAGCUGCAGGAAGCCCUCAACAAGAAUGCCGUCAUGCUCGAGGGGCAAUCGAAAAGCCUCGAAGCGAUUAGAAGCGAGAAGGAUGCACUCACGACAAUGCGCGAUACCCUCGUUAGCGAUCUCGAAACAGCAAAAGGCCGUGCUGAAGUUCUCGAAGGCAAGCUAGACGAUGAGAAGCGAACCUCCUCUCAGAUUGCAUCAAUGCGAGAUGCGCUUGCUGCUGAACUGGAGACAGCCAAGGCUCGUGGUGAUCUCCUGGAGAACGAGUUGUCACAGGCAAAACAAUCGAUUGAAAAUGAAACAUCCCAAGUCAAGGAGGACUUGGCGAAUGCCGCGGCUCGGGCUGAUCUUCUGGAGAAUGAGCUGUCACAGGCAAUAAAAGCGAUUGAAAAUGAAACCUCUCUGAAGAACCAGUUCGAGGAGGACUUGGCGAAUGCUACGGCUCGGGCUGGUGCCCUGGAGAACGAGCUGUCACAGGCAAAAACCUCGAUUGAAAAGCAAGUCCUUCAGCAAAAUAAACAAAUGGAAGACUUGGCAAAGGCGCAAGAAGCUAAGGAGAGCGAAACGAAGGCCCUAGAGGAUCUCCGUGUGGCACACUCCAAAGCAAUGGAAUCUCUGGAGCAGGCGGAGACGGAGAGGGCCUCUCUUGCCGCUCAAGUCGAAGAUAUUACCACGAGGAUGGAAAGCAUGACGACUAUCGUUCAGGAGCUUGAAGCUACAGGUGCGGAAAGUACCAGCACACUGUCGGCUACGGUGGAGCAACUCCAGGCUGAAAAGAAUCAGCUUACGGAGCUAGUCGAUAGCCUAAGCGCUGACAAGUCUCGCCUCGAGAAUGAGCUCAAGGAAAGUGCCGCAAGAAUCGAAAACAUGUCAGCAACCACUCUGGAACUCACGAGAGCAGUCGAAGAAGGCGAACUUCAAAUCGAAACAGCCACAAACAGACUGCAACUAGUGCAAACGGAGAGGGAGAACGCCAUGCAAACCUUGGAGCAACUCACCGGUGAGAAGAACUCGCUCGUGACCGCAUUGGAGCAUGGAGCGUCGAAGAUGGAGGAGCUGACCUCGACAGCCGCAAAACUUUCCUCUGAAGUCAACGCUAGCGAAACGAAGAUCAAGGAUCUUGAGACGCAGGUUUCAACGGUACAAUCAGAAGUGACCACGCUGCAACGUAGCCUACGAGAAUCAGAGGAUCGAAACGCUGAGCUCGAGAAGAAAACGGCAAAGUCAGUAGAAGAAUCCACACAGGACCUGCAGAAUCUUCAAGAGGAAUUGGCCAAGAGUCGUGAAACCAAUGCCGAGGCCCUGUCUCAGCUUGACAAUACUAUGAGAGAACUUGAAAAGGCAUGCCACGGAAGAGACGAGGCGGUCGCUGCCAUUGACGAAAUCCAGAAGAAGCACAACGGGCUUCAGGUCACUAUGAAUGAGGUGAAAUGCAGCAAGGUCGCACUGGAGGCGGCGAACGGAAGUGCCACCGCGGAGAUAGAGCUCCUCGCUUCCAAAAUCCGCGAACUGGAACAUUCCUUGUCAGAAAAUGAAAAGUCCUUGUCAGAAAAGGUGGCAUCUUUUGAUGCGAUCAAGGUCGAAAAGGAAGACCUGCGAGCAAGUCUUGCGUUUUCCCAGUUUGAGCUGACCAAAGCAGUCUCCUCCAGAGAAAGCCUCGAAGAAAAAUGUCAAGCAGUUGACAUGCGGUUGAGUGACGCAGUGUCUUCCUAUGAGUCCCUUGAACAGCAACAUCAAAACACAAAGGAGGAACUCCACGCUGUCCACUUGGAACUCUUUCAAGAAAAAACCGCCACAACAUUGACAAUCACGAAGCUCGAGCACGAAAUCAAGGUCGCGAAUGACAAACUCGCUUCUCUUUCCGGCGGGAUUGAAACGCUCGAGGGAGAAAAGAGUGAUAUUGGAUCUCGGUUGGAUCAGACCUUAGAAGACCUGAGGAAAGCUGUCGAAGCAAGAGACUCUUACGAUACUAAACUGAAGGACGCAGAGGAGGAAGCAUCGAGGCAGGAAAAUCUGAUCCGGGAGGCUCGUCAUGCCGCUCUAGCCCUUGAAGACGAAUUGGCGGAAAAGGAGAAGGAAUUGGCAAAUGCCAACCACAAACUCAGUCAAUGCGAAGAAGAAAUCCAGCUUCUCAUUGAGGAAUCGCACUCAUCCAGCACCAGCAAUACCGAAAUCCCACAAGAGUUUCUCGAAAAGCAUGACAAACUCGAAAAGGACUAUUCACAGACCCUUGAGCAACUCGAAAAGGAGCGACAAACCCAUGGCGAGGAGCAACGAUUACUACUCCGCGAAGGAGAGAAACAAAUUAAGAGUCUCCAAGACGAAACCAAGGAGCUCACGAAGGCAAAGACAGAAGCUGAACGCAUGGCAUACGCAGCACGUGAGGCGAACGAACAGUAUCGCGAACAGGAAAGACUUGCCGCGAAAAAUAUCAACAAGCUCAGCACUGAAGUAUCCUCUCUCAAAGCCGUGAUCCAGAAAGGAAAGGAGAAACUCCAAGAAACUGAACAGAAGCUUCACGAUACUCGAAAGAAACUCACUGAAUCCGAGGCAGCUUCUUCCGCUGCGCUGCAAGCGAACAGUCAAUAUCGCAACCAUGCCGCGCGCUUCCAGAAUGAAGCAUCCCAGCAGCAAGAGACAAUCGCACAGCUGGAGUCCGAGCUGCAAGACGUCAAGAACACGUUCAAGGAGCAACAUGAUAUCGCCAGCAAGGAAAGUUCCCGACUGGCUUCCCGUGUCAAUGCUUUGUCAGCCGAGCUGACGGCUGCCAAACAGACUGUCUUGGAUUUGAAAGAAACAGAAAGCAACCUCUCCGCCGCAGUGGAAGCCAAGACGAUCGAGUCGGAAAAGCUCCGGAAACAAGUGAAGAAAAUGGAACCCCAUUGCUUAACCAAGCCGCAGAUAAGAAGUCUGGGCAAGUUGAAGGAACGGGCGAAUGAGCUUGAGAUACAAAACGAGAAGCUCGAACAGGAAAUCAAGUCUCUGAAGGCUGCCUUGGCUGCCAUGGAAGGAGAGUCCUCCGAUAGCGCAGCUGUGUUGCUCAAGGAGUAUGAGCACAAGAUUGCCAAACUGAAGGCAAGCCUGGAAAAAGCUCGAUCCAGUUCCAGUUUGUCUGAUGAGAAAGAACGCCAAUACCAAGCGGCAUUACAAAAAGCAUCCAAAGACAUGAAAGCAUAUCGAUCUGAAAUCAACACCUUGCAGUCACAGCUUGCGGAUGCAAGCCAAUCAGCCGACAGUUCCACUUCAGCUGUUGAGCACCAGAAGACCAACUUUGACAAUGAAGCUCUCAAGACCAAGCUUGGAAAGUAUGUAAAGACUUGCCAAAUGUACUUGGACGAAAAAGAAGAGAUGGCAAGAAUGAUCUCAUCAACGUUUGAGAACAUCACGUGUAAAGGUGAUGACGUCCUGGAUGCUGUUGGUGCACUUUGCGAUGAAAACAUUUCGCUGAAGGCACAAUUCCAAAGCCAACAAGCUCAGCAUUACGACAAAGAAAAGCUUCGUGCCACUCUUUCAAGAUCACUUUCACGAAACGUGACUGAUGAUGAGAUUGCCCCAUGCAUCGAAUCGGUUUUGAAGAAGCACACAAAACUGCUCCAACAGGAGGAGAGUCUAAAGUUGAGAGUCAAAGAGUUGACGGAUUCAUUGGCCUCCAAUGAGAAAGAGCUGGAAGAGGCCAAGCAAAAGUCGAUUGAAUCUCGUGACGCUAAGGUAGCCAAGCUACAACAGGAGAACCUGCAGCUCAUGAGGAUGCGCAAAGAAACUGGUGUACAACUGAAAGCACUGCGUGAGGAGAAUAGCAAGUUGCGCAAUCUAGCUCUCAAGGAGUCCCCCACAAAUGCCGCAGUAUCAGCUUCCUUUCUGCCCUCCCAGAUGAACUUCCAAGAUAAUGCACCUCCAAAUCCUCCUGUUCUGAAGCCAUCCACCUCGACCACCUUUGAGGCAUCGGUGGCAGUUGAUUCCUUGUCCUCUGAAAGAAAGCAUAAUGUCUCAGCAUCGUCCUCUUUUGACGAUUCAUACAAGUCUUCGGAUUCAUUCAAGUCGGCAGGCUUGACCGAGGCGACUUCCUUUGACACUGAGUCAUCAAACAGCAGCAGAAAGAGAUCCUCCACCCAGAUUGACAAUGGCAGCACUCCAAAAGAGAAGAAGUCGAAAUUGCCUUCCCUUCUUCCAUCGACCAAAAAGAAAAAGGUGCCUCCUACAGCUCCUGGUCUUGGUGAACCCGGCCUUUCAGGAGAGGAUUCCAAGCCCGAAUGUAAUCAGAGUUGA